AUGUCCCAAUUCAAGAGAUUAAAGCUCGAUUUAGUAAAGCCAGUUCCAUCUGACUAUGAGAUUUCUCGUAACCAAGUUCCAAAGCACAUUUCUGAUGUUGCAACGGAAUCGGGUAUUACCAGCGACGAGCUUGAACCUUACGGAUCGUACAAGGCGAAGGUCAAGCUUGAUGUUUUGGACAGAUUACAAGAUAGAAAGAACGGUAAAUAUGUUCUUGUUGCAGGUAUUACCCCCACUCCAUUAGGUGAAGGUAAAUCCACCACCACUGUUGGUCUAGCUCAAGCAAUUGGCGCAACAUUAGGUAAGACCUGUUUUGCCAACGUUAGACAACCUUCAAUGGGUCCAACUUUUGGUGUCAAAGGUGGUGCAGCCGGUGGAGGCUAUUCACAAGUCAUUCCAAUGGACGAGUUCAAUAUGCAUAUCACUGGUGAUAUCCAUGCUGUUGGUAUGGCCAACAAUUUAGUUGCUGCUGCUUUGGAUACGAGAAUGUUCCAUGAGGCAACCCAAUCUGAUGCGGGUCUAUUCAAGAGAUUAUGUCCAGUGAAGAAGGACGGCUCAAGAGAUAUCCCAAUUGGUUUAACCUACAGAAUCAAGAAGCUGGGUCUUGAUAUUAACAAGAUCAACGAUUGGACCCCAGAGGAAGUUUCCAAGUUUGUCAGGUUGGAUGUUGAUCCAAAGACAAUCACAUGGAAGAGAGUCUUAGAUUUGAACGAUAGAUCAUUAAGAGGUAUCACCAUCAACGAAGCUCCAACUGAAAAGGGUUUGAUCCGUAAAACUGGAUUUGAUAUUACUGUUGCAAGUGAAAUCAUGGCCAUCUUGGCUUUAUGUACCUCGUUGAAGGACAUGAGGGAACGUUUUGGUAGGAUUGUUGUUGCUUCCUCUAAAGCAGGCGAACCAAUCACCUGUGAGGAUUUGGGUGUUGCAGGUGCAUUAACUGCCAUCAUGAAGGAUGCAAUCAAACCAAACUUGAUGCAAACUUUAGAAGGUACUCCAGUUUUCGUCCACGCAGGUCCAUUUGCUAAUAUUUCUAUUGGCGCAUCCUCUGUUUUGGCUGAUAAGAUUGCAUUGAAAUUAGCAGGUACCCCAACUUCUUACACCGAAGAACAAGUGAAGCAGGAGGAAGGUUACGUCAUCACCGAAGCCGGUUUUGAUUUCACCAUGGGCGGUGAGAGAUUCCUUAACAUCAAGUGCCGUACAUCUGGAUUGAAGCCAGACGUUAUUGUGAUUGUUGCAACUGUAAGAGCAUUGAAGGUUCACGGUGGAGGAGCGGAAGUUAAACCAGGUGUUCCAUUGCCAUUUGAAUACACCAGUGAAAACGUUGAAAUGUUGACCAAGGGUUGUGCUAAUUUACAGAAACACAUUCAAAAUGCCAAACAAUAUGGCGUUGAUGUGAUUGUUGCAAUCAACAAAAUGUCUUCUGAUACUGAUGCUGAACAUGAGGCCAUCAAGAAGGCUUCAUUAGAGGCAGGUGCAACCGAUGCAAUUGUUUCCAACCACUGGGAAGAAGGUGGUGAGGGUGCCAAGAAUCUGGCUGAAGGUGUCAUCAAGUGUGCACAGAGGGAAUACGAAUCUCAAAAGGAGAUGGAAAAUGAGUUCAACUUCCUCUACAGUUUGGACGGCACAAUCGAAGAACGUAUCGAGAAAAUUGCAAAGGAAAUGUACGGUGCAGGAUCAGUUUCAUUCUCUGAUGUUGCGAAGGAGAAAAUUGCAGAGUACACAAGUCAAGGUUUUGAUAAACUUCCAAUCUGUAUUGCCAAGACCCAAUAUUCUUUCUCCCAUGAUGCAAAGUUAAAGGGUGUUCCAACUGGAUUUGAGUUCCCAAUCAAGGAUAUCAAGGCAAGUAUUGGUGCUGGUUACUUGUAUGCUUUGGCUGACAACAUCAUGACUAUUCCAGGUUUGGCUACCAAAUGUGGUUUCAUGAAUGUCGAGGUCAACGAAAAGGGUGAAAUUGAAGGUCUAUUUUAA